AGUGGAAGCGGUCGCUGUCAGACCUCAGUGAAGGCUUUCGUUUUCCUUUCUUCUGUGUUGAUGUUGCGCUGCUUUGGGCAGAUUGGGGGAAAAUGGCCGGUUUAGAGGUGCUGUUCACCUGUGUCGCAGAUAAAAUCAGGUGUCCGCAGGACGCCGUAGUUUGCUUCGUUCACUGGGAAAUGAUCAAAGAUGGAUACCGGUGCAUCGGAUCCGGAGACGAGCCUCGCAGCAGUGAUAAGAAGUCAGAACUGCUUCCUGCUGACUGGAGUUCCAACAAGGAGCUUUACACUCUGCGCUAUAAAGCCAAGGAUUCAGACACACAAAUGGUCCUAAAAGCCAUCACCAUGGACUCCACACUGAUCUUAAACUUAAUGAACUCCAGCACAAAGCAGGUUUCAGACUUGAUGGUGAACAUCAGUGAUCACGUGAACCCAGAUCAGCUGCACACAUUCGACAGUGUAUAUAAAGAUGCAGACAGUUUGGCACAGAAGGUGAGGACUCAGCUGCUGCCGUCCCAAGAGAAACAAACAGCCGGACCAGAGAGGAAGAACAGAAGAGAGGAAGAUGAGGAGUCGCAGCGAAGAAGAGAGUCGGACAGCGACCCGCUCCGAAUGCCCAGCAGACACCCUCGGCAGGGAGUUCAGCCUCACUGGCCCGACCCGUUGGCUCCUCCAUUCGCUGUUGGAGGAGCUGAUCUGGAUCCAUUUGGAUCCCGUGGCGGUGGUGGGAUGAUAGUGGAUCCGUUAAGGUCCGGGUAUCCUCGCUCCGGCUUUGACCCAUCCAGUGGUAUACCUGACAUCCUGCCACCCGGAGCCGUUCCCCCAGGAGCUCGCUUCGACCCCUUUGGACCCGUCGGACGUCACAGACCGGGGCCUGAUCCAGACCACAUGCCGCCGCCGGGAUACGAUGACAUGUUCAUGUAGCGCCGCCGGGUUUCCUGCUUGGACUCGCCUCAGAACUGAGCCAGACGGGGAACCUGGAUGAUGGGUUCGCUUCCCCAAGCUUUCCUCAAAUAAAGAAAAUAUUCAGAACAACAGGUUAAACAAUGUUUCUCACGUCAGACUUUCAAAUAAAACAUGAUCCUAUCGCUUUACAGUAAAAAAUAAUCCCAUCCACAGAUGAAAACUGACUCACAUUGUGUGUUUUUAACCUGUCUGCCUGUACAACUGAGACAUUUCCUGAAUUUAAAGCAGCUUUUUUUGUGAAGUUGAGUGAAUUACACUAUGAUGGAAAACCAGAAAGCUGAUAAUAAAUUAGGAGGAAAAAAAUGAAAAAAAAUCGACCUUUUCAAGGUUUGGGUUUCCUGUGAUUUGUUUCAUGCUGAGGAAAUGUUUGCGAGUAAUUUUCAUUUCUUUUGCACAUUUAUAAACUCGGCUCCAGUUAAUUGACCAACAUUGCUGUUUAAUCAUUUUAUUUCAAAACAUUCAAAUAAAAAAAACUUUGCAGUCUG